ACUCGAGCCCGUGCGCUGACUUUGGAAUCAAGACCGACGCGCGUUAUGACUGCAUAGUCUUCCGACCCUGGGGCCCGAAAUCCCGAUCCCAGGCCUCCGGAGGCCGGGCCUGGCCCGUUUAGAGGACGCGUCGCAGGAGAAUGCGGCGAGAAGCCCAGGCGCAGUUCGUGCGGGCUACAUAGUCGACCCCGAGACGCGCACGACGAUAUGCACGACGAGCGAACACCAUUCUGCGCGAGUUGCGAAUUUGCUCUGCUGGUCGACAUUGAGUUGGAGCCGAGGGAGGGAGGGAGUGAGGAUCAGUGGGCACGAUCGGGCUCGAGCGCAACGGGUGAUGGCGCGUCUGGUGGGUGCGAAUCCGCGCCUGGGGGCUCGGCCAGGCUUGCUUUCUUGUUGCAGCCGGAGCAGAGCUGCGAGCGGCAAUGGAGCAGCGUGCUUGGCGAUGCCGACGAAGGCGUCGCACUUCGGCAUUAAGCGCAUGAGGACGAGGACGAGGACGAGGACGCCUUUCCAAGGUUGGUGGCAGAACCCGUCAUCUGGAUCGCUCCCUGCUCUCUCAUGCGGCUUAGAUGAUAAAGAGUCUCUUCGCAGCUUGGAUCGGUCAUGAUGCUACGAGUCGCCGAGGUCCGUCAGGCGCGCAGCAGGUUCCGGAAGAAUGUCUUGCAUUUCUAGAGGAAUUUGUAGGGAAUUUUUUUUUUUCUAUCUAGGUAUCUCGACGGUUGUUCCGAGGGGGCCCAAGAUUCGGACACGGACGAAGUAUCGAUUGAUUAAUUUCUCGAGUCCACGAUCUCCCUCGACGAACGGCUCACAGCUGCUGCGACGAUGGAAGAAGGCGCGGCUGUUCGGUCCAAGUCGAGACCGAUUUCACGGGACGAAUCCGCUGUAACUUUGGAAAUAAUCACUCCUCUCGGCCGAGGACCGCGUGAGUCCCUUCGGAGUUUAACCAGCUGCCGAUUGAUCGGAAGGACCCGGUCCUGUUGUGAAAAGGAUGGGGAUUUCUUACAGGAGCAGAGUCUCCCGGCUGCCGAGAAAUUAGAAGUUUUUGAUUAAUUUUCUAGCAUGAUGUCACUCGAAGGAAUGAAUACCGUUGCCACUAUAAUUCCGGGAAGGAAUGUUCUACAGGUGCUACGACGGGAGAGGGUUGAUCCUUCUUUGGAGAGAAGGCUCGAGCUUGAAAGAGGGGUCUCUCACAGCAGGAUCUGCGAGUGCGAGUGCAAAUGCAGGAGGACAAAAUGGCCCAGCCGGCGAUGCACGCGACCCAUCAAAACUGCCCACAAGCGCAUACUUGGGGGAGACACCUGGAUUCUUCAAUUUGCACGAGAGCAACUUCUUUUCACCACCGGAAUCGAACAAGGGGUGGGAUGAUAUCCGUCUGCAGGCCUUGCUAAGGUCUCUUGGAGUGAUGGCCGACGACAGGAGUGAAAUGCAUGCAGCUGUAGCGGUUCAACGGGACAACUGGGGCAAGCUGUUGCAGGUCACUAUCACCAUGUCCAUGAUCUCCGCGGGUAUCCUUUCAGCACUGAACACAAGGGCAGCAGCAGCUGCGUCCUUGAGCCUGUCGGUGACAGCCAGCCUUCUUGCCGGGGGAUCAUUCUUCUUCAUGUGCUUGGAGAACUGGUUCCAGCCUUCUCAACUGGCUGAAGAACAGAGAGCAGCAUCUCGCUUCUUCAAAGCUCUCGUUCGGGAGAUCGAGGGCAGUUUGAAGCCCGGAGGUUCCUAUCUGAAAGAAGAGGCACAUGUCUUCUACGAAUCCAAGCUGCAGAGGUUGCAAUAUCUGGACAAGGCAUUCCCCUUGCCCCUCUUCCCUGGAGGAAUCGACAAGUUCCCGGAGGUAGUUGGCCCAUCCGUCCUGAGUGCUCCUGUGGACACGUCCAAACCAGAGGUGCCAUUGUCCGAGGACAAGUCCUCCAAUAAUGGCUGGACUGCAGCCAUAGUGGAGGACUUAAAGAAAACGUCUGCGCUGCUGAAGAAGUCCGAGAUUGCCACUUACGUGGGCUGGGAGAAGAACGCCCAGAAGAUCAACAAAGUGCUGGCAAUUUCUGGCCCAGCUUUGGCCUUGACCAGCGUCGUUGCGAACUUCGUGAACGGUGGGGCUCUUGUUGCUGCAGCAUGCUCCGUUCUGGCGGCUCUCGUCAGCAGCUUCUCCCAUGAUGCGCAAGUAGGGAUGGUGUACGAGAUGUACCGCGACGUUGCGGGAUCCUUCGAAGACAUAGACAAGGAAAUUCAGAGAAAUCUGCGCAUGCCUGUGGAACAACGAGAGGAUGGCCAGCUGUUCCACGAAAGAAUCGCCCUCACUCUGGGACGCGACGAGGACAAGCCCAUCGUAGCCAGUGAUGAUCAAACAUCAGCGGGAUCACUUCUGUGAGGUUUGAAGACGUCACCCCCAGCUCUCUAUCCCCACGUCAACCGACCUUGCUUUGACUCCUCCGUCAACAACUUGUAAAUACCUACCUCUAGUGUAGCAUAUUUUUGACAAUGAGCUGAAGGGGCUCACAUUUCCCUGUUUCAAAUUCUUCUCUGCGGUAUCUGUAUAUAUACAUCAUGUAACGCCUAGUUUUCGUACAAAUUUAGGCCUAGAAGUUCACUCGUUCUAGUUUGACCUGUUUGGACCAUCUUGCCAUUGACUGUAUAUGUUCACAUCUUGUGACCCCAAGUUCUGAACGAGCAUAGAAGUUGCUGCUCUUCAGUAGACCAGUAAACCAAGAUGCUUGUUCGGCAUGGCAUGUUCGCUUGAAAGAAAAAUUGAUAAACUCUCAGGUCAAAUAUUUACGAAUGUGAAGUGGGGUUUCCACGGGGCACUUGCAAUUUAUGGCUUGUCGAUGUCUGCCCAACAAGGUCCAA